AUGGAGGACGCGAAAGACAUAUCGGCAGCAGAGCGUGCAACUACUGCGUCUAUGAAGGCAGAUGAUAUCGCCCCGGUGGUCGUCUCGUCUUGGGACCCCGCCGCGGAGAAGGCCCUCGUCCGCAAGCUGGAUCUGCGUAUCUUCCCGACGCUCAUCCUGCUCUUCAUCCUCAACUUCAUCGACCGCAACAACUUCGCCAACGCGCGACUCAAGGGCCUCGAGAAGGACCUGGGCCUGACCGACGUGCAGUAUCAGACUUGCAUCUCCAUCCUGCUCGUCGGCUAUGUGUCGAUGCAGGUCCCGUCCAACAUGGUCCUCAACUCGGUCAAGCGCCCCGCUUGGUAUCUCUGUGCCUGCGUCGCCGUCUGGGGUGUCAUCUCGGCCGCAACGGGCGAGGUCAAAAACGCCACAGGUGCCAUCCUUUGCCGUUUCUUCCUCGGCUGCGUCGAGGCCGCCUUCUUCCCUGGCUCGCUCUACUUCCUCAGUCGAUGGUACACUCGCCGGGAGAUGCAGCUGCGUGUCACGAUCCUGAAUGCCGGCAACCUAGCCGCUCAGGCCUUCGGCGGUCUCAUCGCCGCUGGUAUCCUAUCCAACAUGGGCGGUAAGAGCGGCCUCGCGGCCUGGCGGUGGCUGUUUAUCAUCGAAGGUGUCCUCACCGUCUUCUUCGCGGCUGUCGCUGUCUUUAUCCUACCCAACUACCCCAGCAGCACCUCUUGGCUCUCUGAUGAAGAGAAACGCAUCGCCAUUGGCCGCCUUGCGCUGGAUGCAGGAAGCGACGCAGUUGAUGAGAAUGAUGAAAUCUCGUCUGUGCAGGGACUUCUCAUGGCGGUCAAGGAUCCCAAGACCUGGCUUCUUGGUAUCACCUACCUGACUACCAUCAUGGGUCUCAGUUUCUCUUUCUUCUUCCCAACCAUCACCCAGGCACUUGGCUUCGAUUCCACCAAGACCCUUCUCCUCACCGCUCCUCCAUGGAUCUGGGCCAUCCUCGUCUCCCUCCCCAACGCCUGGCACGCCGAUCGCACUGGUGAACGUUAUUUCCAUUUCAUCGGGCCGGCCAUCGCUUGUAUUGUUGGGUACAUCAUCUCGGUGACCACCACCACUGUGGCUCCUCGCUACGUUGCCAUGUUCCUCAUGACUACCGGAUAUGCCUCGGGCUUCGUCAUUCUCGCUUGGAUCUCCAACACCUUCCCCCAGCCCGCUGCCAAGAAAGCAGCCGCCAUUGCCAUUGUCAACGCCAUGGGCAAUAUCGGCAGCAUCCCUGGCUCGUACAUCUGGCCAGCCAAGUACGGUCCUCUGUACGUCAAGUCGUUUGGCGCGGAGAUUGCCAUUCUGGGGUUUGCCUGCCUCUUUGCCCUCGUGCUGCGCUUCUACCUCAUUGCGCAGAACAAGAAGCUUGACCGCGAGGAGCAUGUCCACGUUGAGCACUCGGAGAAGCCCAUCGAAGAAGGUGGCGCCAUCAAGGCCAAGCCGUUCCGCUAUCUCUACUGA